GCGGCGCGGUCGACCAGUCGAUGGUCGGAGCGCCCGCGCAGUGAAGGCGCACAGUAGGUGCUGCCCGCCCGGGCUUGCGUGUCAGACAGCAGCCAGAUGGCGCUCCUGGUACCGAGCACCGUGCCGUGGCUGGCUCUUUUGACGCUCGUCGCAGGAGGAAUUGUCGUUCUGUUCAUAAGGAGGCUGUACAAGUUUCAGACGCUCCAGAGAUUUGGACAUACCGUGCCACCAUAUACUUUGCUUCGAGGAAACUCUGCCAAACUCGUCGGUCCCACUGGCCCACAGGAGCUUCGACGCUUGUUCAAUGAGUACGGAGUGCAGUACGGAAGCCGAGGCAAGACGUUAGCGCUGUACAUGGGCACGAGGCCACUGUUGUAUACCACAGACCCGGACCUAGUCCGUGAGGUGCUUACUGAGCGAUGCGAUAUCUUCCCCGACCGUCAUGGGGCCUUCAAGAGUCCGGUGCUGACUAUCCCAGACAACAGUCUGCUAAGGCUGAGGGGCGAGCGCUGGAAGCAUGUCCGACGCGUGCUCAGUCCGACUUUCACCACCAACAAGCUGAAGGGAAUGUCGCCGGCUAUAAACAGGUCCAUCCAAACAUUUCUAGACGUACUGGAGAGCAACAGACUCCAGGGCCAGCCGACCAAUGUAUACGUCGCCUUCCGCCGCCUGACACUGGAAGUGAUCGGCAAGUGUGCUCUGGCCAUGGACGUGCACUGCCAGACGGACCAGCACGACCCGCUGAUGGUCAUGAUGACUACAAUUCUCGGCUCUAUCCCACUGAUGAACUUCCUGCACGGUCUCCAGCCGCUAACGCGCCUGCUGCAGCCCUUGCUGCGCACCUUCGGGCCUGCCUCUCGUGUCUACCGUGUGGACCAGCAGCUGCAGCGCUGGCUCCGCGGCGUCAUCCAGCACCGCCUGCAGAGCGGUACAGUAACUACCGACGUCCUGCAGUUGUUGCUGGCGGCGCAGCGCGCCGACAGCAGCAACCAAGCCCUCACCGAAGAAGAGCUGCUCUCCAACGCUUACGUCUUUAUCGGCGCCGGCUAUGAGACGACGAGUACGGCGUUAGCAUUCACAUCUUACCUGCUGGCGCGGCACCAGGCCGUGCAGAGCCGUCUGUACGACGAGAUCGCGGCUAACGUGCCGGCUAGCGGCGACCUCGACUACGAGGCCGUGCUCGGCUUGCCCUAUCUGGAGAUGGUGAUCCAGGAGUCACUGCGUCUCUACCCACCCGUGGAGAAGUUCGGUCGGCAGUCGAACGCCACGACGGAGGUACAGGGCGUACGCAUCCCACGCGGCACAUUCCUGGCUGUGGUGCCACUCCGCAUGCACUACGACCCGGACCUGUGGCCCGACCCGGAGCGGUUCGACCCGGAGCGGUUUAGCGCCGAAAACAAGCCGCGUAUCGUGCCCUGCAGCUACAUGCCGUUCGGCGCUGGGCCGCGCCACUGCAUCGGCAAGCGGUUCGCCCUGAUGGAGAUCAAGCUGGCGCUGUGUCACAUGCUGCGCCGGUACCGUCUGCUGCCGACCAGCGAGCCGCUGGAGCUGGCUGUGGUGCCGCCGUCUCUUGCGCCCGCCUCCGGCCAGAUCAACUUGCGGGUCGAACUGCGAAGGUGCUAUGGCGAUGGGGCCGCGGAGGAGUGUAGAAAGGGUGAGAAUGAAGGGGAAGGGAGUAAGGGAUGAGGAGAGGAGGUAAAAAGCGAGUGAUAAAGGAUGGACGGGAGGGAACCAAUGAGGCUCAGGUGAUGAGGGGAGAGAUUGGUGGAUGGGAGGAUUGGUGAUAUAAGGAAGUGAUGAAUGGGACGUAAGGUGAAGCGAGGUUCUCAGGGGGAGACGUGAUGGAUGCGGUGAGAAUGGAAAAGAGUGGAAAAGCUGUUCAGGAAUCCAUUGCAAAUAAUUCGACUCUUCAAACGCUGCCUUAUUCAGUAUCAUCAAUCACAUUUCGGGAGAUACGAUGUGUGCUUCGAAUGCAGAUCUGUACGGAUAUAAUUGGAUACAAUACCGCAUGACUGUGCCUUGUGAUAAUUGGGACCAGGCUGCAACUUCAGUGACGUCGAACGGCCUUCUUGUUUGCCCAUGCUGGAAAGAAAAACGAUCCCAUAAUUGAUCUGGCUGGAGCUAAGCCAGGAAAGCAUGCAUUCGCGCGGAAAAUGUAGGCAUUGCAAGCGAUUUUUUUAGUUUAGUGUAUUAACAUUGCUUUCACGACUGAAUGGUUUUGUCGCGCAAGGUGCCUCAUAACAUCUAUAGUGCAUUUGCACCAAUCUCCAUUAGAAACGACUUUUGGUUGCCUCUGUUGGACAGUAUAUGCCCCAACUGAUGUCUUGACUAAUCAGAAUCAAAGCACUGACUAAGCGGAGCUUGUUGCGUGCGCUCAGACAUAAAACAGGACCCAAAGCCCGUAUUAGGCGAUCUAGUCCAGCGCAUAGUAUUACCUCCGGUCUCCCUCGUAAACAGAAAUAUUUUUGCAGAGGGUCUAUGCGUUGUGCAGCGCUGCAACACGGCCGCCCCGGACCGAGGACCCUCUUUGGCUGGUUAUCAGUUGAUCCCUCUUGGUCAAAGCAACGCGCCGAGUACGAAGCUCGCACACCCGUUUUCGACGGAUAAUGACUCCGGCGACUUUCGUCUGCACCACGGGAACGGCAAAUAUCCGACACCUGACAUUGCUUAUACUGCAGCACUGUCCCUGCCCCAAGACUAGCAAUGUGAGCAGACCGAACAAUGUUGGCGUUUCCUGAGCCACUUAUGAAUUCAUGAAAUCCUAGUGCGUUUACACUAUUGUUAUUGGUUACAAUCAAGCAGCCCUCCCAGAUGAAUACUGACCACUGUUUCUCGCCAAUCAGACGAGCAUCUCCGGCGUACACAAUGAGCGAUGUCGUCUCAGGCUGCGCUACGUGCCGUGGUAGGUUUAGUAUUGCGCCUUAUGCGUGGACUGUCGUCCCCAAUAAAAACAUCCGUGAUCUACCUAUCUUAGUUUGUGCUAACCGUCUGAAUCUAUCCACUCUCACAGCGUAUUGCACAUGCGAGAGGAUAGUAGCACU